CGUUCUCAACCCAUGACCAAUACGAGCUCGAAACUUCUUUCGUAACUCCCGUAACUUCUUCGUAGUGGCUCCCUUCCAUGCCUCAUUUCAUAGGGAACCUCAAAGUGGCUCUAUUUCAUUAUAUUCCAUCUAUAUCCCAAUUCCAUUCAUUUAAUAUCUCUUUGGUGUCAUCGACAUAAGAGAUGUCGUUUCUAGUCUAUCUCUUUCUAUUUCUAUAUUUAUAUAUGGAAAGUUAAAGUUAAAAAAUCAUCAUAUAAUAAUCCAGAAAUUGCAAUACAAACGAAAAAGGGAGGUUUGUGAUGAUUUUUCAAUCUUUUCUACUAGGUAAUCUAGUAUCCUUAGGCAUGAAGAUAAUCAAUUCGGUCGUUGUGGUCGGACUCUAUUAUGGAUUUCUGACCACAUUCUCCAUAGGGCCCUCUUAUCUCUUCCUUCUCCGAUCUCAGGUUAUGGAAGAAGGAGAAGAAGGAACCGAGAAGAAGGUAUCAGCAACAACUGGUUUUAUUAUGGGACAGCUCAUGAUGUUCAUAUCGAUCUAUUAUACGCCUCUGCAUCUAGCAUUGGGUAGACCUCAUACAAUAACUGUCCUAGCUCUACCCUAUCUUUUGUUUCAUUUCUUCUGGAACAAUCACAAACACUUUUUUGAUUAUGGAUCUACUAGCAGAAAUUCAAUGCGUAAUCUCAGCAUUCAAUGUGUAUUCCUGAAUAAUCUCAUUUUUCAAUUAUUCAACUAUUUCAUUUUACCAAGUUCAACGUUAGCCAGAUUAGUCAACAUUUAUAUGUUUCGAUGCAACAACAAGAUGUUAUUUGUAACAAGUAGUUUUGUUGGUUGGUUAAUUGGUCACAUUUUAUUCAUGAAAUGGGUUGGAUUGGUAUUAGUCUGGAUACAGCAAAAUCAUUCUAUUCGAUCUAAUAAGUACCUUGUGUCAGAAUUGAGAAAUUCUAUGGCUCGAAUCUUUAGUAUUCUCUUCUUUAUUACCUGUGUCUACUAUUUAGGCAGAAUGCCGUCACCUAUUUUUACUAAAAAACUGAAAGAAACCCCAGAAACGAAAGAAAGUGAGGAAGAAACAGAACAGGAAGAAGAGGGAUUCACCGAAGAAGAUCCUUCUCCUUCCCUUUUUUCGGAAGAAAAGGAGGAUCCGGACAAAAUCCAAAUCGAUGAAAUGGAAAAGAUCCGAGUGAAUGGAAAGGACAAAACAAAGGAUGAAUUCCACUUGCACUUAAAAGAAGCAUGCUAUAAAAAUAGCCCAACUUCGUUAGAAAUACUUAAAGAAGAAAAGAAAAACUUCUUCGGGUUUGAAAAAUCCCUUCUUUUUCUUCUUUUCGACUAUAAACGUUGGAAUCGUCCAACGCGAUAUAUAAAAAACAAUCGAUUUGAAAAUGCGGUAAGAAAUGAAAUGUCACAAUAUUUUUUUUAUACAUGUCAAAAUGAUGGAAAACAAAGAAUUUCUUUUACAUAUCCACCCAGUUUAUCAAUUUUCUGGGAAAUGAUACAAAGAAAGAUUUCUUUGGAUACAACAGAAAAAUUCUUAUAUGAUGAUGAACUAUCCAAUAAUUGGAUUUCUACAAAUGAACAAAAAAGAAACAGUUUAAGCAAUGAAUUAAAUAAUAGAAUUACGGUUCUAGACAAAGACAUUUUUUAUAUAGAUGUACUCGAUAAAAAAACAAGAUUAUGCUUAGAAAACAAAAUAGUAAAUUAAUAAAAAAAUGGAUACAUAGAAUAAAUACCAAAAAAGAUACGAGGAGAUUCGACCCCCUC